AGACAGUUGUGGCUACUACAGGAGGCAGUUGUCGGACUCUGGGCGCCUUCGCUGACUGGGUCGCUUCCUCCUCUUCCUCCGCCUUGGGGGACCUCUCCCUCGGCUUCAAUGCCGGUCCCACCCCCCACGUCGGCCCAACCCCCACCCCCCAUCCCCUUCCUCCACCUCCGCACCUCUCUGGUCCCACCCCAACACACAUCCUCCUCCCGCUCCGCCGUCAACUAUGGCCUCCCUCCCGAGAUGGGCAUGUUCGUCGUCGCGCCUGCCUCCUCCUUCCACCACCACCACCACCACCACCAUCACGACCCCGUCGUCUCCGCUGACAACUCCGCCCCCGGCUCCACCGCGCUUGGCGUCGGUGUUGGGGUCGGUGUGAUUCCUCUCCUCGCGGCGACACCGUGCCUAGGCCCUCCCAACAUCGCCGUCGACGAUCCCGAUAACAACAACAGCAACGUCCUCGCUGCUAGAAAUCGGGGCGCCGGGAGUGGUGGCACUGGAGGGGGAGGGAUUCAGCUGUGGCAGAAUCACCAGCAGGCUUCUCAGCUAACCACCCAUCACUACUUGAAGAAACCCACCAUCCUUGAUCAGAGCAGCAAUCCAGCAAAUCUGCUUUCAGGAGGAGUUGGCGGCGUGGGCAGCGGCGCCAGCAUCACUGCUGCAGCCGCGGCGGGUGGCGGCACCACCACGUGCCAGGACUGCGGGAACCAGGCGAAGAAGGACUGCAGCUACCGCCGGUGCAGGACCUGCUGUAAGAGCCGGGGCUUCGACUGCGCCACUCAUGUGAAGAGCACGUGGGUCCCCGCCGCUCGAAGGCGGGAGCGACAGCUCAUGGGGACAGCGGGUGCGGGCGGCGGUGCCGGGUCGUCCACGUCGACCUCCGGAGCCAAGAAAGCCAGGCUCAUCCCUUCUCAGACCACCACGACGAAUUCCCACACCUCUACCUCUAACACCACUCCCCCUCGGAGCUUCGACACCGCGGGCUCCAGCCGCCAAGAUCCGAGCUUCAAGGAGUCCUUGCCGGGGCAAGUCCGAACACCUGCUGUCUUCAAGUGCGUGAGAGUGACCGCGGUGGAUGAUGGGGAAGACGAAUACGCAUACCAGGCGGUCGUGAAAAUCGGCGGCCAUGUGUUCAAAGGGUUUCUUUACGACCAAGGCAUUGAAGGGCGGGAAGGGUUACCGAACAUCUCGGACCUCCACUUAGGCGGCGGAGGUGGCGGUGAUCGGAACGCGGCCUCCUCAUCCUCUCCAAUGGUCGAUCCUUCUGAUGUCUAUGCUGCCUCGGGGGGCGGGCUGCUCGGGGGUCCCACCUAUGGUAACCCCAUGAACUGAUAUUCUUGCUUCUUGCAUUUGAUUCUUAGAUGGGUCCACCUCUGUCAGCUCGGUUGCCUCGUAAGGCUCCGAGAAUUCCCUCUAUUGGAAGAAGGUGCACAGUUCUAAUUUGUAAGCAUAACUGUGUAUUCUCCAGCAAUUUGCUCUUAAUUACCGUUACUCAUAAUAAAAAGGUGUCCUAA